AUGUCGAUCGUGUCAGUGUUAGGAAUCAAUGUUUUGAACAAUCCGGCCAAGUUUAUGGACCCGUAUGAGUUCGAAAUCACGUUCGAGUGUCUAGAACCGUUGAAGGAAGACCUCGAAUGGAAACUCACGUAUGUGGGAUCGUCAAGAUCACUAGAUCACGAUCAAGAAUUGGAUUCAGUGCUGGUUGGACCAGUUCCAGUUGGUGUUAACAAGUUUAUAUUGACGGCAGAUGCGCCAUCGCCGGAGCUCAUACCGGCAAACGAGUUGGUUUCAGUGACGGUGAUCUUGUUGACGUGUUCUUACAAGCAGCGGGAGUUUGUGCGAGUUGGAUAUUAUGUGAAUAAUGAGUAUGAUCAGGAGGAGCUGAGGCAGAAUCCGCCGGCCAAAGUGCAGGUAGACCAUAUAGUGAGGAAUAUCCUUGCGGAGAAGCCGCGGGUGACGAGAUUCAACAUUGUUUGGGACAAUGAGGAUGAGAAUCCGGACGAUUUCUAUCCCCCGGAGCAGUUGGAGGAAGAUUUGGAGGAGGAAGAUGAUGAUGACGAUGAUGAGUCUCAGUAUGGUGCAUCCGAGGAGGAAAAGGAGGAUGCAGAUGAUGAUGAGAAUGAGGGAGAAGGCGGUGAUGAGGAUGAGGGUGAGGAUGAAGGUGAGGAUGACACAGAGGCGGAGGAAGUUGCCCCAGAUGAGGAGGAAGUGAAAGAAGAGGAAGAGGAGGAGGAGGAGAAGAAAAAUGAGAACGAAGAAUCAGAAUCAGAAACAGACCAGCCGGAUGCUAAAAGAAGGAAGCUCGACAAUGCUUCACAGACAGAUAAUGAUGAAGAAGAUGGUAACGAUGAUGAAGAAGACGGUAACGAUGAUAGCAGCGGAGAAAACAACGAUAACACCGCGGAGAUCAAGAAAUGA